AGGUCAGGCGGGUUUACUCAGUAACGAGAGAAAAAUGUAUUAACUAGUCCAUAACAGCUGUAUGUAUUAGUGUUUUGGCAUUUCUUUGUGGCUCUUGGCGAUUGUUUGGCAUCUGUUAAAUCUAGGGCUGUCUGGUGAAGGCCUUUGGACAAAAGAACAGUUCUAGCUACAAUGACAGAGUGAUGACGUCAAUACUAAAUAACCAGACCCUCUCUGCCUGUGCGGACAUCAUUGAUGCAGACGCGUUCAAUCAUGUCAUCACCGUGCCUGCAGCCGGCAUAAUCCUAGUUCUAGCGCUGCUGGAGAAGCGAAGAUUCCGCCCUGAAGUAUGUGGAGGCAGGCCUGCAUUGAUUGUUCCUCUCCCUCUGCUUGACGGCUACGACAAACGUUUCUCAUACGCCGCAGCCUUCGGGGCCGUUACCAAUAUCAUCUCAAUUCUUUUCCUGAAAUUGACUCAUUCCUUCUCCUUCAACUAUCCAUUGUGGGCUAAGGCAUUGGUGCUGCAACUACGAAUUCUUGAGACCUGCAUCGCAUGUUUUCCACUGUUUGCCUGUAUUUCCACAAGACACAAGCUGGCUGGGUCAGUCCUCGGUGUUACCUACAGUUCGAUACACUUAGGCGCUUUGAUUGCUGAGGCCGUACAGUUCCACUGCCUGAUUGAUCCAUCACCGACGGGAAUACAUGCAGUAGUGGUACUCAUCUACAUCCCGGUUGUCCUGUGCUUCUUGUAUCUGAUCUUGAAGUUCCUUCUUGUCAUCAUAGAGUGCUUGAGGUCAAAGACGUACGUCAUAACAGAGCCGCUAAAACGGGUGUACGCCCACCAACAGCAGUAUGUGCGUCAAGUUCUACACAGAGACUAUGAGCCAAGCAUAGAGACGACAACUUGUGAUAAAUGGAUCUACAGACCCGUCCCUGGUUUCAAAUAUCCAGUGCGAAUCAUAUCCGUGGUCUCCAUACUUGUAGUUCUUCUGUACCAAACUGGAAUGGGCCUGAUCCUCCUUGGAGUUCUAAUUACCAAAUGGCUACAGUCUUGCAAAUACAGUUUUCUCGGUGCACUCAAGAUAUGUUUAUCGAAGCCUGAAGUGGAUAUAUAUGCAGGUGUAUACUUCGCCACAUUGGUCGUAUGUGUGAUUGUCACCUCAUUCUACAUCUAUCUGUUUAUGAAGAGCUACAGACGGCAUUUGCUACGAAUGUUUCGGGGAAACAAGAUUUUCAUUCUCAGUGAACUUCCAGAACCACACAUAAUGAUGGCCCGUAGCAUGCGCUUUCCUGGAUAUCAAGUUGCCUACAUGUUACAAGGUUUUGGAGUGCUGUUUCUUGUAAUGUUCUCCGUGGUGCUGAUAUUCGCCUACUUGAUAUAUUUCAUCACUAUCCGUCACCGUAUGUCAUCGGUACUUAUAUGGCUGUCAGAAUUAUUGAGUUUUCCAGCCUUUGCCUUACUGCUGUUCUAUCUGCAAGUUAUCCUGGCUAAGUACGUGCUCAUGCAAGACAAGAUCAGGGACACAGAUGACGAGGCUCCUCUUAAUGUUGACAACAGGCGGUUUUAUGAAUGUUUUACUUACUACGCCUUUUUCGGAAAUCUGGCCAUUGGAAUAUAUUCGUUCCACUGGAGAAUUCUACAAGGACUCAUUCUUGGUGUUUUAAUGAUUGGUCGGCUGGAUCACAGCAUAUAUGCAAGGGGCUGGGAACACAGAGACAAAGGAUACCUGUCGUAUAUUUGCAUGCUGCACGUGGAGAACGCCCAUAACCACCCCAUGUUGAGAGUCUUCUGUGACCUGUUACUGACAGAUCUAGAUAAGGAUGGACAGCACCAACCAUUCCAGAGACCGGUGAGAAGAAAUACCAGAGCUUCAAGAAGAUGGUACGUGGCUUACACGCUAAUCAACAACCCAGAACUUGCUCAAAGACGGAAACGAGUUCUCCAUGAAACCAACAGGAAACAUCGAAUCAUCAGAAUAACACAAGCAGAAAUGGAAGGUGCUGCUGACUGGCCCAUUGAUGACGGAAUCAGUUCCUCCGUUGAAUUUGUAUCGAGCGGAAGGAACGUUGUGACAAAUCACAUAUCCUCUCAAGACCGUUCGGUCGUGUGACUAGACAAUUCAUGACACUGAACACUGCUUGUGGUGGGACAAUGCUGGUGACUACAGAUUGCAUUGGUUAUGGUGUUCCAGCAUGUGUGAUCAUGACAUUCAUACUACAUCAUAGACUAACGCUUAGUUUCUGAAUAUAUAUAUAAUUUUGAUUGUCAAAAAAUAAACCCAUUUAAACUGAAAAUGAGCCCCAGGGAGACCCAAUAUCAUCAGAGUUAUUAUUAACAUGUCAAUGAAAUAAUACAUUGUCCAAACGCAAUGUCAACCAGCAAACCAGAUUGUGUAUUUGUAUGCGUACGUGUAACCAAGUAUGUGUGUUCGUACUUGCCCGGAUUAAAAGACAAGCCGUCGUUUUAUCGAGGGGCAAUACCUGCAACCUCCUUUUAGCAUCUUUCGUUAUGGCGCGCAGGGCGAACCGCCAGUUUCGUGUGUGUUGAGAAAUGAUUACAAUAAAUAGUAAUUUUACUUCCCUUUCCCAAGAGUUUCGUGAGAAUUCGUGUAGUAUGUACAAGUAGUAUACAGGAGGAUUUAUUUGAUGUAACAAGUUCAGGCUUAAUGAAGUGGGAGACAAUCAUGAAAAGGCUGUAAAAUAUCGAAAGAAACAUUUUCGCAUCUGAGAAAUAUCUACACAUUAAAGUUGUAAUUCAAGACGAAAUUGUAUUCAGAAAUGGCUCUGUGUUUUUUUCCUGGCACUGUUUGUCAUUCUGCACUACAGUUCUGUUGUACAACACUGGUACACAUGUUUUGCUUCAACGUUGUUAAGGUCACAGUUUCGUGUGGAAGACUUGUCCGUUAUUUUUAUCAUCUUCAUUAUAUUUGUUAUUUGUUAUAUUUUGAAGGUGUUCAUAUUCAUGGAAAUGUUCUAACAUGUAUAUACAUAUGUUGUGUUUGCUUGAGACUUUAAAUGUCUCUCUGCACCCUGUUCAGGUCUGCAAAAUUAGAAAAUAGAAGUGACAAACACUUUCCACAUCCAUCUAAAAACAUACUUUAGUCAAUUGUACAACUUUGAUAUCAUGAGCAUGUUACAUUGUAACCAAAACCAGCUUAACUGUUCAGUGGUGAUAUUUGCAUGAACCACAAAUGCCAGUAUUUGACAACAAAAUCAAACGUUCAUCUGGCGAAUGUGACUGUCAUGUUUCAGGCACAUUUCUCACAUGCAGACUUUAUUGCACGUUUGUAAGUUUGUAUUCAGCGUGUUUCAUGUAUAGGAAAACGAAUGUAUUACAGAAUGUUUUGAAAUUUAUUACUGUUUUCAUAUCUAUACAACAGACAAAGAGUAAGGACCAAAUCAUAAUCAGAUCAUUGACUCCAGCAUUUCAAAGUCCACUGCCUUAAAGAUGUAAUAAAACUCGCUACUUUUAUGAUCUAUGUUUAGGCUGUUGUAGUUUCAGAAUCUUAAUCUACUGCCUAUUUAAAGUGUGCAAACAUCAUAUCUCAAAUGUUAUUUGUCAAAUGCAUAAUGAUGUUGCAUAAUAUGACAUAAUACAUUAUGUACAUAAAUACGUUAACUAACACCAUGAUUCGAAUAUAUUUAAUGUAACAAAUUAAGGCAUAAAGUGGACAACAAUCACAAAAAGGCUGAAAUAUAUCGAAAGAAAAUUUAAUGCUUAAGUGUAUGCUGACACGUUUCUUUGGUUUCCAUUUUCUGUGUCGGUUUAUGAAACAUCUAGACAUAUUGAGGACAUAUCAUAAAUGACGUGACAUGUAAAGAACAAAGACACGGCGGGGAACGCUUCAAGCGCAUGUCAUUAUUAAAUAACCACGAUCAGUUCCAGCGGGAAGUAUAAUAUAUCACCGAAUGUUAUCUGUAAUCUCAGUGUGUUACAUUGUGUCAAUAUUCAGCCGUAAGUGGUUUUGUCUGUAAAAUCUGUCAUUUCAACAGUAUGGUUUUAUGGCGUUCAUGGUGAAAUAUAACGCAGAUGUGCAACGUUUACUUCAGUGUUUAAGCUCACAAUCUUUAGAGUAUGGCGGAUUAUCUAACCAGUCAAUUUUAUUAUCUUGUUUUGUUUUUAAUUUACUCUUAUAUUUUGCAAGGAUGUUAAUAUUGACAAUAUAAAUUGUGCAAACAUUCGUUCUACAUAUUGUAGAAUGCUGUUUUAAGUUUUACUGUGCAUCCCGUUGGCUGUGGAAUACAUUUCAACGACAAUAUGAACCUCUACAGGCUUCCUAUCUCUGUGCGAUCUUUCAUUUUUACUCCACAGUUAUGUGAUGCUUAUAAGCAGAUAUUUAAUUUUUACUCCAUAGCUGUGUAAUGCUUGUAAUCAAAUGUAACAGUGAUGUAAAUGAUAAAUGCUUUUAAAUGCUUUAUUGAUUA